GAAGAGUGUCCCCGGGCUUGGCAUGAAGAGCCCGGGGUGCCGAGGGAGGGCCUGAAGCCCAGCGUGGUGGUGGAGGGCGGACAGAAUGACUGAGAAUAUGAAGGAGUGCCUGGCGCAGUCCAAGGCGGCUGUGGGUGACAUGGUGACCGUGGUGAAGACAGAGGUGUGCUCUCCGCUCCGAGACCAGGAGUAUGGCCAGCCCUGCUCUAGGAGACCAGAGCCCUUGGCCGUGGAAGUUGAGCCCAAGAAACUGAAGGGGAAGCGUGACCUCAUCAUGCCCAAGAGUUUCCAGCAAGUGGACUUCUGGUUCUGCGAGUCCUGCCAGGAGUACUUUGUGGACGAAUGCCCCAACCAUGGACCCCCGGUGUUUGUGUCUGACACACCAGUGCCCGUGGGCAUCCCAGACCGGGCGGCCCUCACCAUCCCACAGGGCAUAGAGGUGGUCAAGGAAGCAGGUGGAGAGAGCGACGUGCGGUGCAUAAACGAGGUCAUCCCUAAGGGCCACAUCUUUGGUCCCUACGAGGGGCAGAUCUCCACCCAGGACAAGUCAGCUGGCUUCUUCUCAUGGCUGAUUGUGGACAAGAACAACCGCUACAAAUCCAUCGAUGGGUCGGACGAGACCAAGGCCAACUGGAUGAGGUACGUGGUCAUCUCCCGGGAAGAGAGGGAGCAGAACCUACUGGCCUUCCAGCACAGUGAGCGCAUCUACUUCCGGGCAUGCAGGGACAUCCGGCCAGGGGAGAGGCUGCGGGUCUGGUACAGCGAAGACUACAUGAAACGCCUGCACAGCAUGUCCCAGGAAACCAUCCACCGCAACCUGGCCAGAGGCGAGAAGAGGCUGCAGAGGGAGAAGUCUGAGCAGGUUCUGGAUAACCCAGAAGACCUGAGGGGUCCCAUUCACCUUCCCGUGUUGAGACAGGGCAAAAGUCCCUACAAGCGCGGCUUUGACGAGGGGGAUGUGCAUCCCCAGGCCAAGAAGAAGAAAAUCGACCUCAUUUUCAAGGAUGUGCUGGAGGCUUCCCUGGAGUCAGCAAAGGUGGAAGCCCACCAGCUGGCCCUGAGCACCUCGCUGGUCAUCCGGAAAGUCCCCAAGUACCAAGACGACGCCUACGGCCGGUGUGCAGCAGCCAUGACCCAUGGCACGCAGAAUGUCAGCCGGACCCAAGGGGAAGGGAACUGGAAGAUCCCCCAAAGGGCUGCCAAGGAGCCGGGGCCCUUGGAGGAUGAAGAGGAGGAGCCGGCACCCUUCAAGGCCGACAGUCCCGCCGAGGCCUCCCUUGCGUCCGACCCUCAUGAGCUUCCCACCACCUCCUUUUGCCCUAACUGUAUUCGCCUAAAGAAGAAGGUCCGAGAACUCCAGGCAGAACUAGACAUGCUUAAGUCUGGAAAGCUGCCUGAGCCCGCGGUUUUGCCACCACAGGUACUGGAGCUCCCAGAGUUUUCGGACCCUGCAGCCUCGGAGAGCAUGGUGUCCGGCCCUGCUAUCAUGGAGGAUGAUGACCAGGAGGUCGAUUCCGCAGAUGAGUCAGUUUCCAAUGAUAUGAUGACGUCGACUGAUGAGCCCUCCAAGAUGUCCUCGGCCACGGGGCGCCGGAUCCGGCGCUUCAAGCAGGAGUGGCUGAAGAAGUUCUGGUUCCUGCGGUACUCGCCCACCCUCAACGAGAUGUGGUGCCACGUGUGCCGCCAGUACACAGUGCAGUCGUCCCGCACCUCGGCCUUCAUCAUUGGCUCCAAGCAGUUUAAGAUCCACACCAUCAAGCUGCACAGCCAAAGCAACCUGCACAAGAAGUGCCUGCAGCUCUACAAGCUCCGCAUGCACCCUGAGAAGACGGAGGAGAUGUGCCGAAACAUGACCUUGCUCUUCAACACCGCCUACCACCUGGCCCUCGAGGGCCGGCCCUACCUGGACUUCCGGCCGCUGGCGGAGCUGCUGCGCAAGUGUGAGCUCAAGGUGGUGGACCAGUACAUGAACGAGGGCGACUGCCAGAUCCUCAUCCAUCACAUUGCCCGUGCGCUGCGCGAGGACCUGGUGGAGCGUAUCCGCCAGUCGCCUUAUCUCAGUAUCAUCCUGGACGGCCAGAGUGAUGACCUGAUGGCCGACACAGUGGCCAUCUACGUCCAGUACACCAGCAGCGAUGGGCCCCCGGCCACCGAGUUCCUGUCCCUGCAGGAACUGGGCUUCUCCAGCACGGAAAGCUAUCUCCAGGCGCUGGACCGGGCCUUUUCGGCCCUGGGCAUCCGGUUACAGGAUGAAAAGCCGACUGUGGGCUUGGGUGUGGAUGGGGCCAACGUCACAGCCAGCCUGCGUGCCAGCAUGUUCAUGACCAUCCGCAAGACGCUGCCCUGGCUGCUGUGCCUGCCCUUCAUGGUGCACCGGCCUCACCUGGAGAUCCUCGAUGCCAUCAGUGGGAAGGAGCUGCCCUGCCUGGAGGAGCUGGAGAACAACCUGAAGCAGCUGCUCAGCUUCUACCGCUACUCGCCGCGCCUGCUGUGCGAGCUGCGCUCUACCGCUGCCACGCUCUGUGAGGAGACCGAGUUUCUGGGAGACAUCCGAGCUGUGCGGUGGAUCAUUGGUGAGCAGAACGUCCUCAACGCUCUCAUCAAGGACUACCUGGAGGUGGUGGCCCAUCUCAAGGACGUCAGCAGCCAGACGCAGCGGGCGGAUGCCUCGGCCAUCGCCCUGGCCCUGCUGCAGUUCCUCCUGGACUACCAGUCCAUCAAGCUCAUCUACUUCCUGCUGGACGUGAUCGCUGUGCUGUCACGCCUGGCCUAUGUUUUCCAGGGCGAGUACCUCCUGGUGUCCCAGGUGGACGACAAGAUCGAGGAGGCUAUCCAGGAGAUCAGCCGGCUGGCCGAUUCCCCGGGCGAGUACCUGCAGGAAUUCGAGGAGAACUUCCGGGAAAGCUUCAAUGGAAUCGCCAUGAAGAACCUCAGGGUGGCCGAAGCCAAGUUCCAGUCCAUCAGGGAGAAGAUCUGCCAGAAGACUCAGGUCAUCCUGGCACAGAGGUUCGAUUCCCGGAGCCGGAUCUUUGUCAAGGCCUGCCAGGUCUUUGACCUGGCCACCUGGCCCAGGAGCAGUGAGGAGCUGGUGAGCUAUGGCAAGGAGGACAUGGUACAGAUAUUUGACCACCUGGAAGCCAUCCCUACCUUCUCCCGGGAUGUCUGCAGGGAAGGGCUGGACCCUCGGGGCAGCCUGCUGGUGGAGUGGCGAGAGCUCAAGGCCGAUUACUACACCAAAAAUGGCUUCAAGGACCUGAUCAGCCACAUCUGCAAAUACAAGCAGCGGUUUCCACUCUUGAACAAGGUCAUCCAGGUCCUCAAGGUCCUCCCCACUUCCACUGCCUGCUGUGAGAAAGGCCGCACUGCCCUCCAGCGGGUCCGCAAAAACUACCGCUCCCGCCUCACCCUGGAGCAGCUCAGCGACCUGUUGACAAUCGCCGUCAAUGGACCCCCGAUCGCCAACUUUGAUGCCAAGAGAGCCCUGGACAGCUGGUUUGAAGAGAAGUCUGGUAAUAGUUAUGCACUGUCGGCUGAGGUCCUUAGCAGGAUGUCGGCUCUGGAACAGAAGCCUGUGCUGCAGAGCGUGGACCACAGGGCCAUGUUUUACCCAGACAUGUAGGAAACCCGCCCUGCAGAGUUCGCUAAGCUGUUGAAUAUUUUUUUAAUCUAUACUCAUAAGCUUUGAUAUAUUAUAUAAAUAUAUAUUAUAUUAUAUUAUAUUAUUAUUAUAUAUAUAUAAAAAAACUCACACUGAAAAUUUUUAAAAACCAAGGUGACACAUCCACCAGAAGCUACUGGGAGCUUUCAGAAAAGAAUAAUGUCAGAAACUGACUCUUGACUCCACGUGGCAGCUGCAACAUACAUUGCGACUCAUUCCCACUCACAGAAGGGUGUGCUGGGCCGCACGGGUCCCCGCCUUCCAGUCAAUCAACGGCAUAAGCUAAAAUGACGGGUCUCUGUCAUCACCUUUAGGUAGCGUGUUUCAUUCCUGUUUUCCUUUGGGGGUUCAGGGGCCUUGGGUUGGGUUUGGGUUUGGUUCUUACCUUUUUUAUUUCAUAGGGUUUCUCUCUCUUGGCCUCUCGUGGAUGCAGUGGUCAGGGCUGCAUCCGAUCUCUGAUUCCCAUGGGGUGAGUUGUGUUUCUGGGUUAGUGUGUUGAAUCUUCCUUCCUCCGUCUGAUUUUAGCCUGAGAGAGUUGUACGCAUUUCCUUCACUGUCCUACAAACAAAAGUGUCGGUCAGACUGUGAGCGCACCCCCCUUCCCUCUGCCGCCUCCCCCUUCCCUGGGCCUUGCUUUCCCCCUUCCUAACCCUGGACACUGCGGAUGUUACCUGAAAGCAAAACUGCCUUGCAAGUGAGCUUGAAAUCUGGGGGGAGGAAGUAGGCAUGCAAGUUUCCUGCCUUCCUGUUUAUUCGUGGUGGAGGAGAAAACAACAGAAUCCCACUCACACCCAGGGCUUCCGGGUGACGCAGAGCCAAGAAAUCCAGCGAUUUUUGGCAAAAAACAAGUCAAAUGAAAAGCAGCUAUUCAAUUUACCUGCAUUAUUUAUAUUCUGUCUUUAUAAUCCUAUAAUGUGUUGAGAGUAUUUUAUUUUCUUUUAAUUAUCAAGAAGCACCUGCUGUGUGGUUCAGGGGCAGGAGCUGUCAGUGCAAGAUGUGUCCAGGGCUGUGCAUGACCCAAAUGAGAGUCCCCGGAGAGGUCACCCUUCUUGGUCACUGAAGCUGAUAACACGCCCCGCAGCCUGGCGAGAGGGUUGUGGGAGAGUGGACAGUGCUUCUGCGCCUGUGAACUCUUCCUUUUCUGGAGAGGAUAGAGAGAACAGGAAGUAAGACGGGGCUCUCAGGGUGUCAGCCUGCACGCGUGCGCACACACACACACAUGUGCACACACACACACACACACACACACACACACAACCACAAUAUAAGCUUUAGAUAUGGCCACUUGCCUACUCUCUGGGGCAAGUAGUGCUUUAAGCUACAGGAGUCUGAUCUGUGUUCUUUCGUCCACUCAACUACCAGUAUACCUCGCAAGAAGUUUUCAGAAAUGUGCAUAAGCUGUUCAAAACUUCUGUUCCUCUUCUGACAUCAGGUUUCUGCAGUUUCUAUGCAGAGAUCCUGUGACACGGAGGCACAGGUUGGCCUUGGGGAAGAUCGCAGUCGGUUCUGCUGGGGGCUGCUCCCUCGAUUGCCCGAGGGUGUGCGUGAGCUGCAGGCACGGGUGAGGCUCCUGGCCCGCCUUUGGGCAGCACACCCCUUCUAGAACUGUGGCAGCUUCCUUCCUUCUUGGUUUAGCUUGUCUUUGAGGCCUUGUGCCACCGUUCCCAACCACAGUGGAAACGUCACCAACACUGAACAUGUUGCCGUCCCUUCCUGGUCCUGCCUGUCCCUUUGUUCCUCACAGAUCCACCUCCUCACCCCCUGGUCUUGGUGCUAAGAUAACUUUAGAAUCAUUGCUGCUAGUCAAUAGCUUUUCAUUAUAUAAAUAUAUUAUAUAUAUUAUAUAUUAUUUUUUGAAAUGUUCUUAUUUGUUUUCAACAGUGAUGUAGCAUGUCAAACAAACAAAAAUCAACAAAAAACUGGGGUUCUCAAAUGUCCCACUGCCAGGCCUUGUAUGCUGCCUUCUUCAACAAAUCAAUGCACCCUCCCUGGUGACCCUCACCCCAGCCCCCAGGUGGCACGAGUCCUUCUCCACCCUCCUCUGAGCUAUCGAGAGUUAGCAGGAAGCCCCUUUGGAUACGCCCAUGUCCCCAGCCUCGCUCUGCUUGUUCACUCUGAGUUGGGGCCAGGUAGAAAGCCUUUGCAAAGCACAAGGUCCCGAAUUCCCCAGCCCCAGCCUGGGGACUUCUGGUCUCCAUGCACAUACAAAUGGCAGUCUCAGGGUUUCACUGAGCAUCGAUCGCAGUGGGUGGAGGGUAGGGAUGGCAGGUGAGGCGGGCCUCAGUGAGGGGCAGGCACAGUCGGUUGGGGUCCUUUCUUCUUGCCAACAGUUGCCUUACACCUCCUCUUUCCUUUCCAGCCUCCCUGCCCCUUGCCUGGGGACUCUCUGUCUGGGGACUGGGUUGAGGCUCGACCACGUUCGUGAAGCCAGGAGAGAACCAGUGUCUGAGAACCAGUCAGGGCAGUGACUGUUUUCCUCACGGGGGACCAUGACCAAAAUGAACUCAGCCUUCCUUUGGGAGCCCAUGCCUGUACCUACUUUGCAGCUGUAGGGAGUGGAGGCCUCCAACACCCCCCCCCCCCCCAGGCUCCCAGGCCUCGGAGAAGCCAAGCCCUCAAGCGUCUUAAGUGUGGCAAGGUGCCCCUCAUGGCUUCAGCCUGGUUCAGCCAGGCCUGGGCUGUGGCCCUCACUCUGUAGGCCACUUUGUCUUAGGAUAUAGAAUAACAAGAGACUGUAAGGGUGAUAAGCCACUGCAAUUUUCACAGGGAUUCUGCUCAGCCUGCAGGCUCCUUGGGAGGCCUCCGUCCUGUGAAUUAUAGUUUCUUUGGCCUGUUGUUCUUGUCCUGGGCAAUUUUCCCUCUCUCUUGUCCUUGGAAAGGCUUGAUUGAGGGGCCCUCGGGUCUGGCUGGGGAACUGCGAGUUGGACUAGCCUGACACUUUUUGUAUGGCUGGAAAAACUGGUCAGGCAGCCUGUGUAUCUCAAAACUGGUCCCUUUAGCUAGAUUCAGCCCUUUAACUGAGCCCCUGGCCUGGGAGUGAGUGCUGUAGACUUGGAAAGAGAUGUGCCUCAGGGCUGAGGCUUGUCCUCGCUGGGCAGGCUGAUCAGUGACCAUCCUGGCUCAGAGAGGUGGAAAGUGAGAUCGAGUGAGAGGCCCAGGUUUGUGGGAGUGGAGCUAAGCAGCUGUUUGCAAUGUCUGGGGGCCAGAUGCCCGGAUGACAGAAAUCCUCUGCUCUUCCUGAGUGGAGAGCUCCUGCCCUCAGGACUCAUCUCUGUGUGCAGCUCUUGCUGGAUUCCAAGCUCCAAGCCCUCUCUGUCUGUCCUGCAGAACAGCAGCAUCAGGCCUCACAAAUGGCAGUGUUUCCUUCUUAUAUUUUUAAAAAAUGACUCCCUGUGACACCAAUGAUCCUGGAACAUCCUUCUUCCCCUGUCCUCACUUGCAAAGAGGGCAAGACUGAGCUCCAGCACCCCUGGAGGGCCCAGGGUAGGGCUGGGUUCUUGAGGCGCUGGCUCUUGGGCUGGGAGCGGGGCCUCCGUCUGCCACCUCCAAUCCUCAUUGGCUGAGCCCUUCUCCUUGACUCAUUGAUGCCAACCCUUCAAUUUAGGGGAAAGGGCUUCAUAAUGACUUAAAGCAUUGUUGAAAUAUUUUUUUCUGUUUGUUGGAGGUGAUGCCAAGGAGGUGAAUGGGGAAAAGCAUGUGAAGGCCGAGCACAGUAGUGGAGAGGGGGGCGGGCUGCAGAGCCCGCCCGGCUGGCGUCACUAGCUGAGCCCAAUGGCUUGGAACAGACCUUCUCUCCUGUGGACUCCCUGCACCUCUCAUUUUUCCUCCUCCACCCCACUCAGGAACAGGCAUUCUAUAUGGAGGGCUGUUUUGGCUUGUGGGCUGGGCUUUUUUCCAAGGAGAAGUUGUACUAUUUGUUGGUCUGUGCACCCCAUUUUGGCCGAAGACUCCAGUCACAGUGGUGCACACCUUUGGGUCUCUAGCCAGGCUGGGCUGGGCUGGUGGAAACAGGCAGGCCAGACAUCCUUGGGCAAGAGAAAGGGGUGCAGAGGCAGCUGAGCUAGGAAAGCCCAUCCUGACCCCACUCUGGGUCCACCCCUGGCCUCCUCAGGUCCUCAGGAGAAAGGAAUGGCAAUGCAAAGUGCAUCUUUGGCCUGGAGGAAGGGGAGGACCUUCUGCUGCCCUGUGUGGGUCCUGGUGCUUCUGCCCAGUGCAUAGAACUGGGAGUUUUGGAGGUGGUCUUUACAAAUUAGCCAGAAGGAGACAAAGUGCCCUUUUGGGAGGAAAAUGGUACGGCCCUCCUCUGCAUCCAGCCUGUCCCCUAUCCCUUCAGAUGGUAUGGCCCUGGAAAUACCUAUGCAAUCCGGUCUCCCUGGGAGACCUUCAAGGAAGCAGGGGUGUGUGCAGGGUAUAAUUACUGAUGCUACAGCAUUUAGAUUGUAUAUAUGGACAUAGACAGUACGGAUACACACAGAGGAAGAGAUUAAAUCACGUCUAUAUCUAAAAAUAAUAUCCUAUAUAUUUAUACAUUUCUAUGUUUUAAAUAGAUAUAAAAAUAGUCUAUAGAGCUGGAGGAGUCGCGGGAGGCCUGUCGCUGUUGUGGAAAGGGAGGAGGCCGGGCCUUGGGGUGGGGAAGAUGGAGAUCAGGCAGUUCCAUGGCUCUGGGCCUUCCCUGUGUAUCAGAGGAGGGGAGCUGCGCCCUGGCCCCCCAUGCACUUUCUCUCCUUUUCCAUGCUUGGUCUGAGCUUGGAAGGAGAUACUCCCGACUUACCUCCCCCUAGCACAAGCCUACACUAGGCGACCACUGUUCUUGGCAGAAGGGCAUGGUAUCUGGAGGGUCCACUGCACAAGCCCCAUACCCUCCCCCGCCAAGAAUAAGCAGAAUCGCCGGCAGUAGGAAAGGUGCACCUGGUUUGCUAGGUGGUCCAGAAAGAUGCCACCCUCCUGUCAGGUGUUUCUGCCGCCCCCUAGAGGCCAAGCCUCUGAACAACGGCCGUCCGGGCCUCCCUCGCCUACUCAACCACUACCACUGCCUGCCAGGCCAGCGCAGAUGGACUAGGCAGCGCUGCUCGCCACCCAGUGGCUUUCUGGCCAGGGCAGGGGCGUCUGAUCCCAGGGAAGGGCGGGAAAGACAGAUCCGCACAUUCAUAAUUCAGUGGUAACUCAAGCUUGGAAGCAGGGCUUUGGCCCAGUGCCCUCUGCGCAGCUGCCGCUGCUGCUGGCGCUACUCAGGACAUUGCGACCCUCCUCCGCCGCCGUGGAGGCCCAGGGGGCCCCGCCCGCUCUCCGGACCUGCGGGUUCACAUACACUGUUCUCCUUCUGUGACCAGGGAGAGGCUGAGCCCUGCGUCCAGGCCCAAGUACUUCCUCUGGGCAGGAGGAUGCCGUCCUCAAGCUGUCCCCAGAGCCCACUCUGGGCUCAAAGGGGACACCUGGGAGCCACAGGGACCCCGGCACAGCUGGCAGCAUGACGGAGGGCUUUGCAGCCCUGACAGAGCCUGGAGCCCACCGGCUUCUAGUUUCCCCUCCCUGGAGGGGGAGAAGGGCUUGAUGGAGCUGCCUGAGCUGUUCUCUGGGUGGCUUUGCCUCUGGGCCCCGAGCAUCCCCUCCCCUCCCCUUGAGCCUCCGGGGCUCCUGCCUGCUCUUCCUCACCAUCCUACCAGCGUACCUCAGUCUCCAGUAGACCCAGACCCUGGAUCCCAGUCUGGGCCCGGGUCUGUUCUGCCAAUGCCCAUCUCCUCGAGCCACAGCUAGCUGCCAACUGGGUCUGGGAACACCCACCAGGGCUUGGUUCAGGAGAGAUCAGACCAGGCCUGAGCCUUCCGCCCUGAAGGGAGUUGGCCUUGGCCAGGGAAUGGGCAGCCCCAGUAGCAAUCCCACAAUGCACUGUACCUCAGAGAGAGCGCGUGCCACAGGCAGGCGGGGACCGGCCUCCGCACAUGGGGACAGCCGGUGACAGCACUGCUCACCAGAGGACAAAGGCUGGGCCGCCUUCAGGCACCCCUCUUCACAUUUGUCUCUCCGGAAGAACCAGCAGUCUGAUUCUGUCUUUUUCAGCCCCUAUCUCUCUCCUUCUCUCCACCCCCACGCUGCUGACCAUUUUCAUUUCAAUCACAAAGGAAAAAUAAAGUGGGGGUGGGGGAGAUACCUAGGAGUCUAUUAUCACAUACAUAUUAAUAUGUUAAUACUUUCUUUCUUAAAAAAAAACCUCUCGAUGUUAUUAUUUCGCAGACUCCGCUUUAUAGUACCUGUAUGACGGGACCUAGGACACUGGAUACAGAUAGAGCUAUGUUGGCUUAUCAUACUAUGUACGCGGAAACUUUCCUUUUGUCAUAUUAUCCUUGUAAUGUAAGAAGA